CGGAUGUUGGGUUAAAUCAUUCUUAUUUAUGUUAAACAUUACCAAGAAUAUAAACAGAACAAGAAAGGCUGGGGAGGGGUGAAAUUCAUGUCAGGGAGAAUAUUUUGAUCUCCUGCAGGACUGACAGCCUUAUUUUCUUCUCAGAAAUCCUAGAAAACAGAAAACACAGGAAACUAUGUUAUUGAGAAACACUCCCUUCAAUUUAGACAUGAGUCCAGCAAAGAAGAAAAAUUCCUCAUGUGGAGAAACUUAACGCACCCUGCCAACUCAGCCGUCCGUUCGGCUCACUGACCCCCGAACUCAAUGUAACUGUGCCUCCAGUGAGUUGAAGCGGUGGGAUAUUGGACAGCUCGGCAAGUCAUGGCGGAGCCUUGGCAAGUCACAGUGGGACAUCGGCAAGUCAUGGCGGGACCUCAGAUGGAAUUUAAAAAAAAAACAAACUUCAAAUUUGAAACUACCAAAGUUACAUUCAUAUGGAUCCUCAGAAAGUGUUGAAAUACUUGAUGAUGCUUUUAGAUACUUAGGUGAGCUGAGGAAAUGAGAUCUGUCCUGCAGUAAGGCACCGGGUGGAAGUUUUGAAGAUGCACCCACUCAGCUGGCCGUGUCGAAGCAUCUGGAAGGCCUAGGUCCUCGCCAGUGCUCACCAACAUGGAUGACAUGGCAUCAUGGUUUCAUGGUGUCACUGAAUAACUGUAAAGAGAAGCCAAGGCACUGCUGGUAUGUUAACAGCCUAACUGUACCUUCAGUCUUAAAUCUUCAAGCACUGGACUCAUCAGCCAACAAAGAGAAAGGCAGCUCUUCGCUGUUCAGCAGGCUCCAAUUUUUACUGCUAUUAUAAUUGUUACUAAUCAACAACUGUGCUUUGGAAGGUGAGUCUUUCACAGCGCUGGCCCACAGAGACUCGGUCCUUGCCAUGCUCCAGGCCAGCGCUCCCCUAGCUUCAGUGGUCUCAUUGCCACGUGUCUGGAUUGGGGAAGCGCCUCAUGCCAACCUGGAGUUCAUCUGGGGUCCCAGAGGAUCUGUAGGUGUGCUUGAUGGACAGCCUGAAGUUGGCUAUGCCUUUCUGCGAGGUCUUUCUUGGAAUAAAUAUGUUGCUGGCAACCUGAAGCUGCUUCUGGAAACGUUAAAGCCUUCAGCAGCUCUUCGAGUGCUGAGGCUGAGCAGCUGUUCCCUGAUGGGGACAUGGCAGCCUGGGGUUUGCAGGGACUGA